AUGUCUCUGCUACCCCAAAGCGCCGGGUACGCCACCAUCUUGGUCGGCGGUGCCUUUUUCGCCGCCCUGAUGAACGGCAUCACUUGGGUGCAGAGGCGAUACACCAACUUCGACCCAGGCAAGGUGGAGGAGUUCUCUUCCGCCUCUCGGUCCGUCAAGACCGGAAUGCUGUCGGUUGGCAUCACCUCUGCUUGGGUAUGGGCCGCGGUCUUUCUGCAGACGGGCACCCUCACCUACCUUUAUGGCGUGUCCGUCCCCUGGUGGUUCGGGAUGGGAGGUUUCGUCGAAAUCGCCGCGUUCGCAGUCGUCUCCUCCAAAAUCAAGGCCAACGCCAGUGGCGCCUCGACCUUCCUCCAAGUGGCCAAGGUCCGCUUCGGCGUUCUGGGCCAUCUUGCCUACAUGUUUGCUGCCCUCGUCGCCAACUUUGUGGUGGGCAGCGAGAUCCUCAUCGGCGGGGCUGGAGUCAUCACGGGAAUGACGGGUAUCAGCCAGUAUGCCGCCAUCUGGCUGUUGCCGCUGGUCAUCGUGGCCUAUGUCCUGACUGGUGGUCUGCGAGCCACAUUCGUAGCGGACUACCUCCAUUGCUGCAUUCUCUUUACAUGCCUCCUCGUCCUCGUCCUGUCAACCUACACCCGAGGCGACGUCAUUGGCUCACCCGGCAAGCUGUAUGAACUUCUCCUCGAUGCUUCCAAGACGACCCCGGCAGUGGGCAACGGCCACGAGUCUUACCUCUGCUUCCGGAGUGAUGGUGGAAUGUAUUAUGCUGUGACGGCGGCCACCUCCUUUUUCGGCCUAUCCUUUUGUGACCAGUCGUAUUGGCAGCGAAGCAUCGCCGCGCGCCCGGCCGGGACCAGCAAGGCCUUCAUCUUCGCCGGCUGCUUCUUCUUCUCAGUUGCCCUUGGGAUCGGAUCCUCCAUGGGCCUGGCCGCGAGGGCUCUGGCGAAUAACCCGGCCUUCCCAGCCUAUCCUGAAGGGCUUUCCCCGGCCGAGAUUGGCGCCGGACUCGCUGGCCCGUAUGCGAGCAUGACCAUCCUCGGCCAAGCAGGGCCCGCCAUGUAUACUAUCAUCGCAUUCAUGGCCACCACUUCGGCGCUGUCUGCUCAACUGGUUGCGGUGUCGACCAUUUUCUCUUACGACAUCUAUCGUGAAUACAUCAACAAGGACGCGACAAAUGUGCAGAUGAUGAGGGUCAACCAUGGCGGCAAGUUCCCACUUCCCACUUCCCACUUCCCUCUCAGGCUGCCCUCCCUGGUCAUCUUCUGGGCCAUCUUCCUCGCCGGCAUCGACACGGCGUUCGCAUACAUUGGGCUCGACCUCAACUUCCUCUUCUACCUCAUGGGAGUGUGCACGUCCGGCGCCGUCUUCCCCAUCGGCCUCCUGAUGUGCUGGACCCGACUGAACAAGGCUGGCGCCAUCUUAGGUGUCAUCGGCGGCCUGGUCAUGGGCAUGGUGGCCUGGCUCGUCACCGCCGUCACCACCCAGGACACGAUCUCCACCACCACCCUGACCGAUAGCAAGGUCAUCCUCGCCGGCUCUCUGUCCGCCCUGGGCACGGGCGCCAUCGUGUCCAUUUCCUUGUCUCUCCUCAGACCCGCCUCCUUCGACUUUGAGCUCACCCGAGCCAUCGGCCGUGGUGCGGCCGCGGUUCCGGACCCCGACCCCGCGACCGCGUUGACCGAGAAGCCCCCUCAACAGAACCAGAGUUACGUCGUCAAAGACAAAGACCCGAUUGACGAGCCUGCCCUGCGUUCGGUCCAAGGCGGAGGCCGAACCGCCGAGGCCGACGCGCAGUAUGCCGAAGAAGUGGUUAAGCUCGAGGCAUCGCAGACUCGUUUCCGCAUCAUCACCGCCCUCUUUCUGCUCGUUAUCCUUGUCCUCAUUCCCGCUCCGCUCGCCGGCACCGCCGUCGUCUACCCGAGGGGUCUGUUCGUUCUUCAGUGCGUCGCGGCAGCCACAUUUGUCUUUGUCAGUUUGGUCCUGAUCAUUUCUGUGAGUAUCCCUGUCUUGUCCAUGUCGUUUCCUUGA